AUGUCAAAUAUACAACGUGAUCCAACACAACCGAUAGAACCAUACUUGAAAAAGUUAUUGUCAUCGUUAGACAUACAAUAUCAAGGACCAUCACAGCAAUUUCCAAAUGUUGAAGCAUAUGCUACGCAAUUUGGAACACAACUCAAACCGCAAUGUGCAAUUAUUAUAAAUGGAAAACCAUUGAUACCCACAAAUAAUGAUGCAAAAUUGGAAUUUCAAAAAAAAUGGUUGUUAUCGCCAUUGACUUUCCACCAAUUGAAUAGUUUUGACAGUCACUUAAUACCAGGCACAGGAACAUUUGUCAUAAAUGCCAGUGGUAAAGUCAAGUUUGAUGAAAGUGGUAGAAACAGACUUGGAGAAACAUCCGAUUUGAUACAUCCUAUAAAUAAUACUACUAUUAAGGGAAGACCUAUCUGGGGAUCAUGGUUUGGGUUUAACUUAAAUUUGAUAGUGGACGAGUCUAUUUUGAAUAACCCUGAUAGCGAGUCUAUUAAUAGUUACAACUACAGAUUUACAUACAAACCUGAUGAUAGUGUGAUUCAAAUUUAA